AUGUCGUACCGUCAUUUAUUACGACAAACACAACCCGAUUCCAUCGAUACUGGUAAUGCAAAUACGACCAAGAGGGCACCUUCAAACGCAUCGACAGCAUCAAGUGGUUAUUCCAAUUCUUCUGGUAUCUAUGAAUUAAGUCGCACAAGUACGCUAUCAUCAACGGCAUCGAGUGGAUACGGGAGCCACAGGAGAGGAUUGAGUGAAGCUACCGGAAUGUAUAGUUCUUCGGAAAAUCGUAUUGGGAAGGGGAGUAUCGAAUCGAGUCCAGAUAGCGCAUACAAAAACGUCAGAAAAUCUUUGCGACCACUUCCCCAACCUCCAGGUCCAACUUCACCUGAACGAGAUAAGACGCCAGUCCAACAUAAUCGCGGUAAAAGUAUCGAUGUGAUGAAGAAUACCUUUCAACCACAUUCCAGAACACAAAGUGUAGACGUGCAGAAGGGUCCCAUUCAACAACACAAUCGCGGGAAGAGUAUCGAUGUAUCCAAAUUGUCGAUGUUUGAGUCUCCAAUCCACUCGCAAAUGAGCACAGCAACAAGUCCGACGCGCCGUCCACCGACGAUUCGACCCAAUUCUAUGUUAUUGAGUCGUUCCGAUUCGAUCAGUGUUGGAGGAGGAGCUCUUUCAAAACAUGGGCCGUUACAUUUACACACACCCCUCACAAGACCUGAGCUCCAAAGCUUUGAACGAUCGACGACGAGUCAACUACGAAACCUUUCGAAAUUUGCGCAAUCUGCAACUCCUGACGAUUUUACCAUUACAUCACCAGAACAAGAGGUAGUUGGACUACAUGGACGACGUAGACUGCAGCGUAGCGCUAUUUCGAAAGGCAAGACUGGCACAUUGCAUAAAACUACGGGAGGCUAUGGCUGGGAGGGACGAAAUUGGAUGGACAAGCAACGACAAUUUUUACAAGCUUAUGAAUAUCUUUGUCAUAUUGGAGAAGCUAAGGAAUGGAUUGAGGAUAUAUUGAAACGAGAAAUUCCACCAACUGUGCAACUCGAACAAACCUUGAGGGACGGCGUUACAUUGGCAGAGGUAGUGGAGGCACUAUAUCCAGAGCGGCGCAUACGAAUAUUCAGGAAUCCAAAAUUACAAGCUCGACAUUGGGACAACGUUGCUCAGUUCUUUCGAUUUCUUGACGAAGUUCAACUACCAGAGCUUUUUCGAUUCGAGCUCAUCGAUCUGUACGAAAAGAAGAACAUCCCCAAGGUCAUAUAUUGUAUACACGCUUUAAGUUGGCUACUAUUUAGAAAAGGCAUCGUGGACUUCAGAAUCGGAAAUCUUGUUGGACAACUGGAAUUCGAAGACCAUGAGUUGGAAGAAAUGCAAAAAGGAUUGGACAAGGCGGGGGUUAGCAUGCCAAGUUUUGGAAAUAUGGGAGCAGACUUUGGAGUCCCUGAGCCAGAGCCAGAGCCUGAACCAGUAGAAACUGAGGAUGAGCGAACCGAUCGAGAGCUUGGCGAAACCGAGGCAACGAUAGUGGAAUUACAGGCACAAUUGCGUGGAGCCUGUAUGCGAAUGCACCUUGGGAAAACAAUGCAGGGGCUUUGGGAUACCGAAGACUGGCUCAUCGAGCUUCAAUCGAUGAUUCGUGGAGAUUUUACACGGCAGAUCGUGGAGUAUCGUUUGAAUAUGAAAAGAUUUGCAGUAAAUUUACAAAGCCAUGCACGGGGAUUUUUGGUGCGACGAAGCCAAUCGAGUCAGGAGAAAUUCUGGAAAAGCCGUGAAGGAGAUGUGCAGAAGAUUCAAAGUCUAUUCAGGGCGAAGAAAGCCGGGCAAGAAGUCCGAGAUGAGGUAUGCAUGAUGCGGUCCGCCUUGCAGCAGUCAGAAUUUGUUGUCAAAGAUUUCCAGUCCAGCAUUCGUGGCUUUCUUGCUCGAAAUAAGGUAGUGGCUCAACAGAAGGAAACCAAGUCUGUGGCCGUAUCAACCCCGGUAUUGAACCUGCAAGCUGCAGUGAGGGGUAUGCUUGUGAGGAAGAAGAUGAUGGUCCAAGAGAAAAAAAUAGCGUCCCUCGCCGUAUCAGCCCCAGUGUCAAAUCUACAAGCUGCGGUGAGGGGUAUGCUUAUGAGAAAGAAGAUGAUGGACCAAGAAGAAGAGAUGACUUCCAUUGCUGUAGCUGCCCCAGUGUCAACUCUGCAAGCUGCAGUGAGAGGUAUGCUCGUGAGAAAGAAGAUGAUGGAUCAAGAAGAUGAGAUGACAUCCGUCACUGCAGACGCCCCAGUGUCAAAUCUACAAGCUGCGGUGAGGGGUAUGCUUGUGAGGAAGAAGAUGGUAGCUCAAGAAAAAGAAACAUCAUCCAUAGCUGUGUCAACUCCAGUGUUAAUUUUGCAGGCUGCAAUGAGAGGAAUGCUUCUCAGACAGAAUGUUGCAGACGACCAAGAAGGCCUUGAUCGUGAACUGCCUUCGAUUAUUACGGUUCAAGGUUUUGCGAGGGCCCUGCUGACAAGAACCCAGAUUUCUCAACAACAGGAAGCAUUGCAUGCAUGCUCACCAAUUUGGGAACACCUACAAGCGAUUACGAGGGCGGGCACACUCAGAAAUGAGUUAUCCGAAACACAUCAAGCAUUGAAAAGCCACUCUGAAAGCAUAUCGAAUCUUCAAGCCUUCGUUCGUGCUGGAGCGAUUCGCCGCGAUGUCACUGAGACUUUGUCUGGCUUGGAGGAAGACGAAUCAUCGAUACUAGAGCUUCAAAGUCUAAUUCGUGCUGGAGCGAUUCGCCGCGAUGUCACUGAGACUUUGUCUGGCUUGGAGGAAGACGAAUCAUCGAUACUAGAGCUUCAAAGUCUAAUUCGUGCUGGAGCGAUUCGCCGCGAUGUCACUGAGACUUUGUCUGGCUUGGAGGAAGACGAAUCAUCGAUACUAGAACUUCAAAGCCUAAUUCGUGCCAUGCUUCUUCGACGUUCGGUUGAGGAUGAUUAUGAAGCUCUUGUUGCAGAAGUCUCGGCAAUCACAGAUCUUCAAUCUAUGGUACGAGCUGGUAUUUUAAGACAGAAGACGGAAAUGACCUUGGACGAUCUUCAGGCGAACGAAGAAGAAAUAAUACAAUUACAAGCCUUAUCCCGGGCUGUGUUACUUCGUAACGAUAUCGAGGGAGUGCUGGGAGAAUUAGAGUCCGAAGAGUACGCCAUUGCUGCGAUGCAAUCAGCAGCCAAAGCUACUUUGGUCCGAGCCGCUUUCGUUGAGAAACAGCGCUUCUUCAAGGAGAACAUGGAAAAGGUUGUCAAAAUACAGAGCUUCAUCCGUGGUCGCCUACAAGGCGAGGCUUACAAGAGUUUGACGACUGGCAAGAACCCUCCAGUCAACACCGUCAAGAACUUCGUCCACCUACUCAAUGAUAGUGAUUUCGACUUCAACGAAGAAAUUGAAUUCGAGCGAAUGCGAAAGACUGUCGUACAGCAAGUUCGACAAAACGAGAUGGCAGAGCAGUACAUUGAUCAGCUGGAUAUCAAGAUUGCCCUUCUGGUCAAGAACAAGAUUACACUGGAUGAAGUUGUCAAGCAUCAGCGAAAUUUUGGCGGACACUCUGGAAAUGUUCUCGUCAAUAACUCCUUAGCGUCAGGGAAUCAAUUCGAUUUGAAAGCGCUCAACAAAAAUUCGAGGAAGAAGCUCGAGUUGUACCAACAACUCUUUUUCAACUUGCAAACCCAACCUCAAUACCUUGCCAGGCUUUUCCAACGAAUCCGAGAACAAGGCACUGCCGAGAAAGACUGUAAACGAAUUGAGACCUUGAUGAUGGGUUUGUUCGGAUACGCACAAAAGCGCCGUGAAGAGUAUUAUCUGCUCAAGUUGAUUGCUCGUUCUGCUAGAGAAGAAAUCGAACACUUCACCUCCGUUCAAGACUUCCUCCGUGGCAAUUUCUUUUGGACAAAACUUCUAGCCAACUAUACUCGUUCGCCUCGUGAUAGGAAGUUCCUUCGCGAUUUGCUAGGCCCUCUUAUCAUGGAAAACAUUAUUGAUGAUCCUGCACUCGACCUCGAAAGUGAUCCAAUGCAAAUCUAUCGCUCGGUUAUCAACAACGAAGAGCUCCGCACUGGUAGGCCAAGUCAAAGAGCAUUGGAGAUUCCUCGAGAUCAGGCAAUCAAAGAUCCAGAAACUCGGGAUAUGUUCAUCGAUCAUUUGCGAGAUUUGAGAGAAAUCUCCGAUCUUAUCAUGCUUGCCCUAGAGAACCUCCUACAUAGAAUGCCUUACGGUGUUCGCUUCAUUUGUCUUCAAAUCUUUGAGGGCCUUUGUCAACAAUUUCCUCGAGAACCUCAACGAAAUCUCUUACAGCUUGUUGGUAAUUGGCUCUUCAAAUUUUACCUAUAUCCGGCAUUGACCACUCCUGAGUCUAUGGGGGUAGUGGAAAGACAGCUCACCCCGCUGCAAAAGCGUAAUCUGGGCGAAGUUGCCAAAGUCCUGGGCCAAAUAUCGUCUGGAAGGUUGUUUGGUGGCGAAAACAUGUUCUUGCAGCCCUUGAAUGCCUACGUCACUGAUGCCAUAACACGAAUCACCGAUAUCUUCUCUAACAUAAUUUCAGUCGCAGAUGCAGAAAGCACCUUCGAUAUUGAUGAGUUCAAUGAUCUUUAUGCACGUACGAAACCUACUCUAUACAUUAAGAUGGCCGAUAUUUUCGCAAUUCACAACCUGAUAUGUGACGAUCUGCCACAAAUUUGUCCAAACCGCGAUGAUGUACUUCGAGAAAUUAUCCAAGAGCUUGGUAGCGCUAAAAACAAUGAGUCCGAAAUGCUGGGUGUCUCCUCUACCGAGAUCCAGAUGACUUUGAACCCCAAACUUCACGACAUGGACGACCCAGAGGCUGAAGUAAAAGCACUUUUCAUGGAGACUAAGCGCUGCAUUCUGUACAUCAUUCGAGUUCAAUCUGGCCCAAACCUCAUGGAAAUUCUCGUACGACCAAUAUCACCGGAAGACGAUCAAAAAUGGCACGAUUUACUCCGGGAGGAAUUUUCUGCAGACAGCAAGAGUCGCGGGGCAUACUCUGAUGUUAAUACUUUGACGGAUAUUAAAUCGAUGUCUUACUGGGAAUUGAAGCGAACUGCUCUGGAGAACAUUAUGAGGCUCGAACAACUUGGUAGAAUUUCAAGACAAAACUUCUACCAGGACAUUCUCAAUGCCAUCGCCGUUGAUAUUCGCACCAAGAGCAGACGUCGUGUUCAGCGACAGAGAGAAUUGGAAGGCGUCAAGAUGACAUUAGGGAAUUUGGGCGAGAAGGCAGAUUGGCUUGAGUCUCAGAGAAAGAGUUACGAUGACUACAUCGAACAAGCUAUGAUGACUCUGCAAAAAAAAGGGAAGAAACGUUUCCUUAUGCCUUUUUCCAAACAAUAUAACCACGAAAAGGAACUCGAGCGCAGUGGUCGCACAUACAAAUUCGGCUCUUUCAAAUACUCGGCUAGAACUCUGUCAGACAAAGGCGUACUGGUCGCUUGGAAAGGAUACCCUGAACGCGAAUGGGAAAAGAUCAAUCUUACCAUUUCCUGUGAUCAAGUCGGUGUCUUUUCCAUUGAGGGUAGCAAAGGCAGCAUUGUCAUUACUGGUGCUAUGGCUCAAGUUCCCAUGGACUCGCUACUGGCCGCACAAUUCGCAAAUCAUCAGUAUAUGGAUAUGUUUGAGGGUGCGAUGAGGUUGAAUGUUAACCUGUUCCUGCAUUUGUUGUACAGAAAGUUCUAUAGAACUGAGUGA